GCAGCCAAAGCUGCCAUCAUGGCGUCGGCCGCUGGUCGUCUGGCCAGGCUAUGGGGUCUCAGAAACGCUCGUUCCUCCCCGCUGAGCCUCUCUCAGGGGCCGGGGAGGACCGUGACGGUGAGCCGGACAGCUGUGACUACCUCCUCCGGUAGUAUCCUCCCGAAACCGAGGAAGACCCCAUUCGGUCUAUUUCGGAUCGCUCUGAUCGUGGUCCCCUUCCUCUACGUGGGGACUCUGAUCAGCAAGAACUUCGCGGCUCUGCUGGAGGAACAUGAUAUCUUCGUCCCUGAGGAUGAUGAUGAUGAUGAUUGAGGACGGGGACACUUCCUGGUUAUCAGGUCCUCCAGUGGUGUCGUGACCACAGAGUGGAGUUUGCUAGCACGUUAUUGCCUUCCUGUCGUCCCCUCUGCUGUGUGUUCAAGCCGCCUUCUGUCCACACGUUGAAAGGGUUCAGGGUUUUCUGCUGUUAUCUUUAUGAGAGGGCUGCUCCAGGCGGAUCAUAUCGUACUGUAUCUGCAUGCACUAUUUAUGUCUUAAUAAAGGGAGAAUAUAUUACUAUUA